AUGAUUGAAUUUGCAAAAGAGUUUUCACUCGACAUUAUCAUUAUGAACUCGGUCCGUUAUAGCGAAACAGUGAGAAAAGUUAAGGCGCUUUUUGCAAAUUGUCCAGUUCCUCAAAUAAUCUGCACAAUUUGUGAGCAAGAAGGGUUGGACAAUAUUGAUGCAAUCAUACAGUAUGACGCGAGGGAAUUACCCGGACAACAACUGCCCGCCGCCCACGCACAUAGUCCACUGGACCACGUGUUGAAUUUAGGCAUUCAAUUGCCACCAGGAUGUCAACGCCUCACGGGGAUUAUCGCCACAAUAGGAAAAUCUAGUAAUGACAUCGAGACUAUGCAAAAAAUGAUGGCGGCUGGCAUGAACGUCGCUCUACUCAAUUUGUCCUUCGGCACACAGAAAGAACACGUUGAGACCAUCAAGAUGUUGCGAAAGGCCGCAAAGGAAUAUAGUGUCACUGUAGGAAAGCACUUUCCUUUGGCGAUUGCGGCACGUUUACCUGGACGGAAGAUAAGAACCGGAUGCAUUUCUGAUGUGGCCAAUGGAAUUAUGAUAACAAGACAAGAAUUGGGUUCAGACAUUUCACCAACAAAGCUUGUUAUAGCUCAAAAAGAUAUGAUUGCACGCGCAAAUGAGGCUAAUGUGCCGGUUUGUUUAUGCGCUCACCUUCUGAGCAGCAUGAGACACAGCAAGAUCCCACUCAGAUCGGAGCUACUUGACAUAGCGGAUUGCAUAUUCGAUGGAGCUGAUGCCUUAGUACUGUCGGCGGAAACCGCCAUUGGAAUCAGUCCUGUGCAAACGAUAAAAUGCAUGGCAAGUGCGAGUAAAGAGGCAGAGGACUCUGUUUGGACCAUGAGAAUGUUCCAUGACUAUGUCGAAAAGACCCCGGUGCCGUGUGAUCAGGCAACGGCCAUAGCGGUGUCCGCAGUCCUGGCGGCCUACCAGUCGAUCGCCGCCGCUAUCAUAGUGGUCACGGCAACAGGCAAAGCGGCAUUUCUCGUCGCCAAGUACAGACCUCGCUGUCCGAUAAUCGCCGUCACGAGAUACGUGAUCGUUGCGCGGCAGAUGCAUUUAUAUCGAGGGAUUAUGCCGUUAAUUUAUGAAGCAACACCCGAAGCAGAUUGGGAAACUGAUCUUGAGCAGCGUAUAAACUUCUGCACCAAAUGGGCAAUGCAAAGGGGCUUCGUUAGAGUGGGCGACCCUCUCAUUUUAGUGUGCAGCUGGAAACAGGGCUCCGAAUUCACCAACACCAUGAGAAUGGUAUACGCAACGGCCGACAUUGGAGUUUCG